UCGAAAGGGCUCCAUUGUUUUAAAUAUUUAGUAAUAGACUAUUUUACAAUCUCAAAGUGAUUGCACUAGAAGCUCUGAGGGUACCGUUCACCCCACCGUCUGGAAGUAACGACAAAACUAAAGAUUCAAACAGCAAAAUCAAAAGAGGACCUUAAAUAAAAUAUAAAACUAACAGUUGGUCAUUGGUAAGGGCGUUAACUCCAUGUUGGCAUCAUUUUGUAUUGAAAACUGAAAUAUUUCAGAUUUGUUAACGACAGCAGAGAGGCUCUCAUAUACUUAUUUUCUUGGAUAAUGUUUUCAGAAUUAACAGUUGGUUGGAGGCGGCUGCAAGAGGAAACUGAUAUUAUUAAAUAUCAAAUGUAUUAAAGUUUGUUAGAGACUUUUCACUUAAGUUUACUUGGAUGAUAUUUUUCGAGGGUCAAAAUUAUCCAUUACACCGCAUGCGAUGUCUAAGGUAAACUAAUUCUGAUUCCUUCCAACCAACUUUAAAUGUUCCAGACUCGGAUCUUCCAUCACCUCAAGGACUAAAUAUUUCCUUUUAUUACCCACCUUCGCUGCGUCAUGAAUUCUUAACGAGAAUAUGGACUUCAAUGGCUAAAUACUGGUUGAAUAACUUUGAUAUUAUUUCUUCCCUUUGUAGUUUGACUUGCAAAUCUAAAACCAAGAUCGCCCCUUAUUUCAGAACGUAGACGUUGAAAAAAAGGGGACGUUUAUCUAGAAUAAUAUAUGUGCUACAUGGACAUAUAAAAAGUGGUGAGCAAAUGUGAAUUCAUCGUAAAACAUACAGACACACACAUACAUGCGUAUUUUCCAGACGUUUUAGACUACAAAGCAAAUGUUAAGCCGUAACCAUAUUUCAUAACGUAGACCUAUAAAAAAAAACUGGGGACUUUUAUCUACGAUAAUAUAUGUGCUACAUGGAUAUAGUCAACAAGGGGUACACUGUGGGCAAGUAGAACACGUUGCAUAUUUUGCCCAGUUGUGAAAAGGGACUCAAAAUAUCGCAGAGAAGGACAUAUAGAAUGGAUAUGGACUUCAAUGGCUAAAUACUGGUUGAAUAACUUUGAUAUCAUUUCUUCCCUUUGAAAUUGACUUGCAAAUCUAAAACCAAGAUCGUUUUUAUUGCAACAACAUUGGUGAGCAAAUGUGAAUUCAUCGUAAUACAUACAGACACAAUUUUACCCAGUUGUGAAAAGAGACUCAAAAUAUCGCAGAGAAGGACAUAUAGAAUGGAAAUGGAGGACGUUAAACCCUUGGUUAUUCCCAACUCGACUGUUUUGACCAAUUUGGAUUCAGUAGCAGAUACUUCUAAUAGUGAUGAGAAAACUUUAGGUGUGCAAGUAUUUACUACUGAAGAAAAAUCAUUGGACAAAACUGUUCGAUGUGAAAUUUAUGGGAGCAAAACUGUUCUAUGUGAAAUUUAUGGGACGUCAUUCGGUAAAGUCCAAUAUUUAAGGGAAUAUAGGGAAAUACGCCCUGGAAAAAACCCUUGCCGUGAUGAGAUAUUUGAGAAAUCACUCUCUCGAACGUCUCGCCGUAAACGUGGCACUUUACACUGUGAAAUAUGUGGAAAAUCAUUUUCGGAUGAUAGUUAUUUAAAAAUUCACCAAAGAACACACACGGGUGAAAGACCAUUUCAGUGUGAAAUAUGUGAGAAAUAUUUUGGUCACAAAUCGAGUUUGGUUACCCACAUGCGUAUUCACACUGGGGAACGGCCUUACCACUGUGACGUCUGUAGCAGAACGUUCUCCGUUAAUUCUAGUUUUUUACGUCAUAAAGCAAUGCACUCCGGAGAAAGACCAUUCCACUGCGAAAUAUGCGGGAAAUAUUUUGUGGAUAAUCGGGAUUUAACAAGACACAAGAAGAUCCACGAUGAGGAGAAACCUGAGCGGUGUGAGAUUUGCGGGAAAUCUUUCCCGACUAAAACCAGGCUUGUUAACCAUAAACGGACCCAUACUGGUGAAAAACCCCAUCACUGUGAAAUUUGUGGGAAAUUAUUCGUCCAGGUUUCACAUCUUGUCAACCACGUAAGGCUCCACACGGGGGAGAAACCAUAUGAUUGUGAAAUGUGUGAGAAGUCUUUUGCGACUAAAGGGGCCUUGAUAAGGCACAGAAAUAUCCACACGGGAGAGAAGCCCUACAACUGUGAAGUCUGCGGGAAGUUAUUCACUAGUAAUUCUAGUCUUGUUUAUCACUUAAGGAUACAUACUGGGGAAAAGCCCUAUCGUUGUGAUAUAUGUAAGAAGUCUUUCAGAAGCAGUAGUUAUUUUGCCAAACACAAAAAGACACACGCUGGAGAAAAAUGUGAAUGAUGAUGAUGAUGAUGAUGUUCAUUUAGUGUCUGUGUUUUGCCGAACUGCUAAGUGACGGGGACAUAAACACACCAGCAUCGGUUGUCAAGCGAUGUUGGAUGGGA